GCCCAUAAAUAUAAGUUAAUCAGAACUGUGGGGAUGGACUCUGGAGCAAGGAGAGCUGCUUCAGCUCCGGAGCGAGUCUGGCAGUGAGAGGCGAAGUUACAUCGCAAGAAUGAUGGAGGAUGAGAAGGAAGGUAGUAGGGACUACGGCCACUGGUGGUGGGCACUUGCAAGUGGGGCUCAGUUAGGGUUGGGCGUAUCGUCUUACAGAAGGGGCUACGCCGGCGACUCACGCCUCAUGCCCUUGAAAGCCUUCGUCGUCGCCUCUCUCUUCGUCGGCGCCGCUGCCUCUACCGCCGUAUCAGUUCUCAAGGCCUCCGGCAUCCACAAGGUGGAAGACCUCAUGGAAGUGGGUGCAAAUAUAAGAGCUGGACUUGGUGUUCGUCCAAGGGCGAGAGAUGAAUAAGAAUAUAUUCAUUUAUUUGAAUAUCGAAGAUUUUCGUUGUUUUGUAGGGUUUGAAAUUGUGUUUAUAAGGACUUUAGCUUUGUCUUAUUCUCAUUUUUCGAAGGCCAAUAUGUAUACUCUUUAUGAAAGCAAAUCCAAUUUUAGAGAUAA